AUGACUGCUGAAAGGGGUGGUGAGCCAGUAGAUUGGUUGGAUUUAAUGAGGAGGAUGCACACCAAUAAGACAACUGGUGAGGUGCAAGAUCCUGUUGCUAGAGACUUGUUGGAAACUUUGUCUAAAUUAAAAGAGGACAAAGAAGCACAACUCCAGUCUCAGAUGUGUACUGCUGAGGGAUCUACAUCUUCUAACAUACUGUCCCGAGAAGAAAUCAAGCAAAUGGUUCUUGAGAAUGUUCCGGUUAAGAAUGGUCGCCGCUACGGUUUAGGCCGUCUCUCAGAGGGAAUCUCAGCGACCCAACCAUCAUGUUCUCCCCCACAUCUUAUUCAGGAGAUGGAGCAGCUGAAGACCGAUCUUGUUGAAGAGCGGACAAUGCGACAGCAGCUGAAGACGGAUCUCCUUAAAGAGCAGACGUAUCGACAGGCUUUGGAGCAUCAACUUCAAAACAUUACUGAUUUCAUGUCUCGGGUUUACACCGACCAAUUCUCAGCUUCCAAGCCUGAUUCCCAGCCAAACCAGUAA